UCCCCAUCUCUUUUUUUAGUAACCUCAAUCUUCGUUUUUGUGUUCAUUCGUUCGUUGAUACAUUAUGAAUUUAAUAUGAUUAUGCAUUCUUUUUCAAUAAUUAAUAAUGGAUGAGAUUACUGAAAACGGUGAAGUAGAAACUUUAAUUUUAGCUGCUGCUAAUGCUGACUCUGGUCAAUAUAAUAGUGAAACCGAGGAAGUAGAAGAUAGGGAUGAAUUAGAAACUUCUAAGUGUAGUAUAAAUAUUGACGAAGACAUAAAUAAAACUAUUAAUUAUAGAAAAAGAAAAUAUGAUGAUGAGGCUGAAACACCGAAAAAACUUAAAACAGCUGACGGUUACGCAGAGGUGGUUGCUACACAUUAUAAUCUUUUAGAGGAAAAAGGCCUAGAUGAACGAUCAAAGUCACGUAUUGUGUACUUAAGGAAUUUUCAUAAUUGGAUUAAGAGCAUGCUUAUAAAUGAAUAUCUUACGAAGAUUAAAGAUAAGAAGAAACACAAUGCUCCAAUUAGAAUUCACGAUAUGUGUUGCGGUAAAGGCGGUGAUCUCUUGAAAUGGAGGAAAGGUGGUAUAACCCAUUUAAUAUGCAGUGAUAUAGCUUCAGUUUCAUUAGAACAAUGCAAGGCCAGAUAUAAUGAUAUGAAAAAUAGAGGAAAUAGAGAUAGGGGUUCAGGUAAUAUUUAUUCCAUUGAAUAUAUAUUAGGUGAUUGUACUAAAAUGCGGCUGCGAGAAAAAUUUUCUGAUCCUUCUAUGAAAUUAGAUCUGGUUAGUUGUCAAUUUGCAUUUCAUUAUAGUUUUGAGAGUUUACCACAAGCAGAAUGUAUGUUGCGAAAUGCUUCGGAAUGUCUUCAACCAGGUGGAUAUUUUAUCGGUACAAUACCCGAUGCAUAUGAUCUCAUAGCUAGAGCCAAAAGAUAUGAAACUAACACAUAUGGAAAUAACGUUUAUCAAGUGGCACUUGAUUUUGAUUUGAAUAAACCAGAAUUAUUUGGGGCAAAAUGUGACUUUCAUCUAGAUGGUGUUGUAGAUUGUCCCGAAUUUUUAGUACAUUUUCCCACAUUUAUUAAAUUAGCUAAAAAAUAUGGUCUUAAAUUGAUAAAUAAGGAGAAAUUUUAUGAAUUCUUUGAAAGAAUGAAACUUGAGGGUAGACAGUUACUGAAUAAUAUGGCAGGAUUGGAAACAUAUCCACCAAAUGCCACUUCAUCGUUGGUAGGAACAGAUUCAAAUGAUUAUACACAUGCAAGUGAAUUUAUUAAAAAAGAAGGGAAGGAUAAUCUUCAAGUGGGAACGUUAUCCAAAUCAGAAUGGGAGGCAUCAUGUAAGUUAACUAGCUAUGUAUACAACUUUUGUGUUUGAAAAAGUAAAAAAUACGUGGAACACCGACGGAACACCAAUUUAUGAUAUAUAACAUUAAGUGUACUAGAUAAAAUCUAUAUAAUUAUAUUUUGUUAUGUACUAUUUCAAUUUCUUGUUAAUCAUGUGCCUAGUUAUGAAAUUAGUGGAGUUCGGAUAUAAUGACAAGAGUGUGCCAUAAGUGUAAUGUAUUAGGCAAAGAAUCUCUUUCAUUGAGCUUAUGGCACACUCUUCUGGCCAUAUAUCUGUUACUAAAAAUAGACUUCUUUAACCUAUAUCACUGAAAUCGUGUUAAAUAAGACACUUUGGUUUGUAUCUCCGAAAAGUGACAUUCAAUUAUUUAUAUUUAUAGGCAGUUUUUAAAACCGGUAAAUGAUUUCUUAAAACUUUGAUCUAUACCAUUUUCUUAACUUUAAACGUUAACAGUUUUAUUGUUAUUCGUUCUGGAUAUAUAUAAUAUGAAUUUUUUUAAUAUAUGUAUUACCCAAGCAGGAGAUUGCUGCAGGUCUUAUAAAUGUACAAUAAAUAUGUGAUACGAAUCAUGGUAGACUGAGUUCUGAAGAUUGAUACUUUUGUUAACCAAUAAUAACCAAUAAACAAAAUGAUUCAGUUAUGUCAUAAGCAAUAGGUCUAAUAAGUAACUGAAUUCCAUAUAUUUUUUUAAGUGAAACCAAACUUAUGAGUGACACAUAAUGCGACAUUUAUGUGGCCGGUCUUUAGAAAUAGAGUCGUAAUAACCAAACUCCACUCUACUUUGUAAUUGUAUUCAGAAUGGGGUAUUUUCACUGUUUUGUUUGUAUAUAUUAGAUUUAUAAAUUAGAGACUCGUAUUUAUUCAAAUCACAAAUUAAAGGCUAUUAAUAACUUUAUUUAGAAUGUUUUCAAUAACAACCUAUGGAUUAAUUAAUCAAGUAAACCUUGCAAUAUAAGAAACAGUCAGAUUGUUUUUAAAAUAAUAUGUUUUUUCUGCAAUCGUUUUUAUAUUGUUAUGUAUAUACAGGGUGUUUCUUAAU